AAGGACCGUCCAUCAGAGGCAGCUGAAUCCAGCCUGGUCAGCGACUCAGCUGCUAAACGUCCCCAUGGGCUCCCAGGGGCCAUGGUUGCAUACUUUUCUCCUUUGGGCCACAGUGGCCAUCCUGCUGGUCCGUCCAGUGGUGACCCAGGAGCUGAGAGGGUCUGGGCUGGGCCUCGGCAACUGGAACAACAAUGCAGGCAUCCCUGGGUCCUCAGAAGACCUAUCAACUGAGUUUGGCCACCACAUCCACAGCCACAGGGGCUAUCAAGGUGAGAAGGACAGAGACCACAGAGAAGAGGAUGAAGACUUCUCCAGGGAAUAUGGCCACCAGGUUCAAGACCACAGGUACCCUGGUCACGAGGUUGGGGAGGAGAAUGUCUCCGAAGAGGUUUUCAGAGGGCAUGUUAGACAGCUCCGUGGGCACCAGGAACAUAACAAUGAAGAUUUAGGGGACUCAGCAGAGAACCACUUCCCCAGACAGAAGAGCCACAGCCAUGAAGAUGAGGAUGGCAUUGCCUCCAGUGAGUAUCACCGUCACAUCCCCAGGCAUGUCCACCAUGGCCACGGAGAAGGUGAUGGAGGAGAGAAGGAGAGGGUAGACAUGAUGGAGGACUCUGAUGAUAAGCACCAGCCCCAUGGUCACCAGAGCCACUCAAAGGAGAGAGAUGGACUCCAUCAUGCCCACAGCCAUAGGCACCAGGACCACAGUGAUGAAGAUGAAGAUGAAGAUGGUGUCUCUACUGAAUACGGACACCAAGCUCACAGAUAUCAGGACCAUGACAAAGACGAUGGGGACUCAGAUGAAGACAGCCACACCCACAGACUUCAAGGCCAAGAAGAUGAAAAUGAUAAUGAAGAUGGUGACUCCAGUGAAUAUGGACACCAGACCCCGGACCACCAAGGCCACAAAAAAGAACAAGAUGAUGAAGAAGAAGAAGAAGAAGAGGAAGAAGAAGAAGAAGAAGAAGAAGAAGAAGAAGAAGAAGAAGAAGAAGACAACUCUACUGAGCACAGACACCAGAUCCAAGGCCACAGGAAGGAAGAAGAUGAGAAUGAGUCAGAUGAAGAUGAUCAUCGCGUCUCCAGGCAUGGACGCCGAGGCCAUGAAGAUGAAGAUGAUGACGAUGAUGAGGAUGGUGAUGGUGACUCUACUGAGCAUGUGCACCAAGCCCACAGACACAGAGGCCAUGAGAAUGAAAAUGAUGAAGACGACUCAGAAGAAGACUGUCAUCAUGUCCCCAUCCAUGGCCACCAAAGCCACCAAAAUGAGGAAGAGGAAGAUGAGGCUGCAUCCACAGAACAUUGGCACCAGUCUCCCAGACAUGCUCACCGUGGUCUUGAACAUGAGAAUCAAGAGGCAACAGUCAAGUACAGCCACCAUGUUGCAAGCCACCAACCCCCAGACCACAAUGCUGACAAGGAGGAAGACUCUCUAGAAGACUAUAUGGAUGAAGUCCCUGGCCAUCACCACCACAGAGUCUCCAGAGAUGGUGAUGAAGACAUUUCUACUGAGUUUGGCCACAAGGCCCCCAGCCACAGGCUACAAGAGCAAGAUGAAAGGACUAGGCAGGGUCACAGAGAAUCUGUUCAGGGAGAGAUUGGUCAUCAGCCCCUGUACCCCACAGGGCCCAGUUCUGGAGAAUCAAGGAAAGAAGGUGACCACAGCUCUCAAGAGGGAGAUGAAGGCCCAGAGCAGAGAAAAGAAGUUGACAGUGAGGAGGAGGAGGAAGAAGAGGAGGAAGAGGAGGGUCAUGGCCUCCCCAUGAGCCAGGAGGAUGAAGAAGAGGAAGAAAAAGAUAAGAAAGAGAGUAAGAGAGACAGGGCUGCAGUUUCGGUUCCUCUGAGCCAUCACAGGAAGCAGGAGGAGGAGGAGGAGGAAGAGGAAGAGGAGGAGGAGAUUCUGGAGGAAAACCUGCUACCUUUCACCAUUAUCCCAAAUCCACUGGCUGGGAGGGAGGUGGCCAGAGAAGGUUCCAGUGAGGAGGAGAGUCAUGAGAUCACAGGUCAGCAGGAGGCCCAGGAGUAUGAAAACUACCAGCCAGGGUCCUUGUGUGGCUACUGUUCUUUCUGCAAUCGAUGUACUGAAUGUGAAAGCUGUCACUGUGAUGAGGAGAACAUGGGGGAACACUGUGACCAGUGUCAGCACUGCCAGUUCUGCUACCUCUGCCCGCUGGUCUGUGACACGCUCUGCACUCCAGGAAGCUACAUUGACUAUUUCUCCUCCUCUGUGUAUCAAGCCCUGGCUGACAUGCUGGAGACUCCAGAGCCCUGACCUGGCCACCUGGCAAGAGCUGCAUCUA